AUGCAUCCAAAUAAUAAAAAUUCAUUUAAAUCAAAAAAGAAAUUUAUAGAUCGUCGAGAAGCCAAGUCUCAAGAUAUAAAACGUGCAUUAACCCAUAGGGCUAGAUUAAGAAAGAACUAUUUCAAACUAUUAGAAAAAGAAGGGUUACAAGAGGAGGGGAAGCCUGAAGAUGAGAACGAUAUAAGACCAACCAAGAAGAAGGGAAUAAAUUUUGAAGAACGUGCAGCCAUUGUGAAACAACGUAAAGAGGAAAAACGUAAAUUCAAACUAGCAAGUGUACAAGCAAAAUUGGAAAAGAUUGAAUCUAAUUCGAAAGAAAGAGCUUUAAAACGUGAACAACUAAAAAAAUCAACUACUAAAGGACAACCACUAAUGGGUCCAAGAAUAAACGAUCUUUUAGAUAAAAUAAAGAAAAACGAAAUGAGUUGA